AUGACCGAGUACAUUUCGUUGGGACACAUGGAACAAAUUGAACCAGAUAUGUCGAAACCACACUUUUAUCUUCCUCAUCAUGCUAUACAACGUCCCGAGAGCACUACUACAAAGACGAGGGUAGUGUUCGACGCCUCGUGUCAAAGCUCCAACAAUCUAUCGUUAAACGACCUCUGCUAUAUUGGACCCACAGUUCAACCACCGCUACUGUCUACACUUCUCAACUUUCGGUUGCCGAAGCACGCAAUAACUGCCGACGUGGAGAAGAUGUAUCGGCAGGUUCUCAUCCACGAAGAAGACCGUGCGCUGCAACUGAUCUUGUGGAGAGAGAACCCGAAGGAUCAACUGAAAACGUAUCGUUUGAAAACAGUGACUUAUGGCACUGCUCCUGCUCCGUACCUCGCCACCCGCGUGUUGAACAAAUUGGCCGAGGAUGAAGCCGAAAAUUACCCGUUGGGUGCUGCGAAAGUUCUGAGUUCUUUCUAUGUGGACGAUUAUCUUUCGGGAGAUGACGAUGAGCAACGCCUGAUAGAAACAAAUAAUCAGCUGAUAAAUCUGCUUCGUUGUGGAGGGUUCAAUUUGUGA